GUAAUAUUUACAUUUGUCCACUGUGGUCAUUUGUCACUUUUACUAUUUUGUUUGCAGGCUAAAAGUUUCACUUGAAUGACAUUUAAAUAUGGAUUUUGCUGAAUUGAAGACAAAAGGAUGGUAUUUGUCUAAGGAAGGUCUUGAGCAGUGCAAGGAAGGUCUUGACAGGCAAAAUGUAACUUCAAUUGUUCAAAAGGCCUUAGAUAUGGAUUUACGAGAAAUCGGAGAUAACUUUUUAUCUGAAGAUGUUUCAAGGGGAAAAUUAGAUUUUAUUACUGGUGGGGGAGUGCUACAAAUACAAAAAAUAAAAAAUGCUUCUGCUCCUAAAUAUGAAUAUGGAUCAGGAGCUCCAUCAAUUCUGAGACUUCUUUUGACGGAUGGCAAUACAUACAUAAAUUGUCUCCAAUGGGGUCAGUGGAAGACAAUUACGAUGGAUACUCCUCCAGGGACAAAAAUAUAUUUGAAGCCAGGAAAAAUUCCAAUGCAGAAUGGCUUUAUGUUAUUAGCUGAAAACCAGUUUUCUGUGCUUGGUGGAUGUGUUGCAGUCAUGGUUGAAAAAUGGGAACUAUGCCGUCGUUUGGCUUCUCACGUACGUACUAAAGAAGACCUGGAUGAAAGUGGCCCCCCUCCAUGGAUUCCAUUUGGAAAACCAAUUAUUGGUUCUAAGCCAUCAAAAGCUGCAAGUAACUUUAAAUCACUUGAACAAGAUGCAAAAGAGGCUAAAGAAAAUGCUAUUUUCAAACAACAGAGAAUGGCAAAUAUUGCUGAAGUUUCAAGAGUUAAAGAAACAAAAGCUAAAGUCUUUGGUGGUGGGAAAGAAGUCUCUAAACCAAAUAGUUUUAAACAAGAAGCUGAACCACAUACCCAUGCUAAUUCCUCAAAUAAUUUUUCAAGUUAUGAAAAGACUGGCAAACAGUUUCAAGAUUAUGGUUUUCAAAAUAAACAAUCUCCAAAUAGAACUGGCAGGUAUCAAAAUGAUGAUAAAUUUAAUAAAAAUUUCAAGAAUGACUGGUCUAAUGACGAAUCCCAAAGGACUCGAAAUGCUAGUGCUACUCUGAAUUUAGGGCAGUUCAUUACAAAGGAUAAGAGAACAGACCAGAGGAAUAAAAAUAAUGGUAGUUUUCAGAAUAAUCGAAACCCAAGUAACUUUCAAGCAAAAUCUGAUUAUUCAUUUAAUGAAAAUCAAGAUGGAAUGAACUCGUCAAAAAAGUUUUCAAAAAAUUCAUAUCUUAGUGAAAAUCCUAAACCAUCAGAAGUUGGUAGUAAUAGAUAUCUAAAUGAAAAUAAGGAAUUUGAUUUUGAAGCUUUCACAGAUCGAGUUUCACAGGUGAAAUUACAUGGCUAUGAUAGUCGGAGUGAAAAAAUGAACUUCGUUCCAGGAAAGCCAUUUUUGAAACGUGGUGUUGAAGUAAUGGCUAAGUAUUGGGAAGACAAUAAAUUUUAUCGAGCAGUAAUUCACGCAGUUGGUGAUGAAGGCAAAACAUGCGUAGUUCACUUCAUGGAGUAUGGAAACUAUGAAGAAGUGUUAAUAAAUGAUGUCCAAGAAAUAAAUCCGACUUGGAAUGUUGGGCCACUCUCUUUUCAUCCAAGUCAUUGGAAUAAUCCAGAAAAUUCUGUCAACCAAACUACACAGUUCAGAGAUUCAAUGGACUCCAGACAAGAUUUAAACAAGUACCAUAACCAAUACUAUGGCAGACAAGAUCGGCAAAAACCUAGGCAGCAAGAUUAUAGGUCAGCUGCUAAAUUGUAUCAGCCACCUCACCAGCGUCAACAAUCUUAGGUAUCUUAUUCAUUUGUGUAUAUGAAAUAAACUAAAUAUUAUAUGUUUGUUUCCAUUGUUUGAAAUGCAGAAGUUAAAUAUUGGCUGUUGACUUCAGCUUCAGGCGGUUUUUUUUAAGUAAAAUACAUUAGACUCUUGAUAAAUCAAAACUCAAACGACCAUGAAAAUAAUUAGAAUUAACAAGAACUUUAUUUAUUGAACAGCUUAAAUUUUGAAAUAAAAGAAAUUUUGGGAAGUAGUGAGUACAUAGUUUUUACAAAUAUUUAUGUGCAUAAUUUUAUAUAAGCAACAUCAUAUUAAACAAACGUUUAUUGCAGAUAUAGCAAGUAACAAAUUUAUAAUUAAAUUCUUGGGGAAAAAAAUUUGUAUAAAUAUUUUUAGUCUGAUUUGUGGAAUAAAUGGAAAAUAAUACAUGGA